UAUAAAGUCAUAGUUAACCCUAAAAUAGCCAAAUGCUUUUGGUGAACUUGUAAGUGAUGGAAAUGUUAUUUGUGCGCGUUUUAACACUAUUUGUCAUGAGUGUUUUUUUAACCAAAACUGAACAAGCGUUGAACUGUUCACUUCCAGACUAUCCAUACGCCUCAUAUUAUGUCAACGGAAAAGCAUUUAUCGCAGUCAGAACUGUCUUACAUAAGGACAAGGUCAGUGUCGUAUGUGAAAACGGAACUAGUAUAACAGUGUCCUCCGAUGUCAAAACAUGCCGGAAUGGUGUCUGGAAGCCAAGAGGAUCAUUCCCGAUAUGUGAACCAGAGCCAUGUAGAUUUAAUAAGGAAAGUGGUCGUCGGUUUUUCCUAUUAGAAAAUGAGUUAGAUGGUGAGGUCGCGCAUGAAGAGACAGUGAACGUCGUUUGCGAUAGAAACUUUGAUCAAAUGGGAAACGCUGAGGAUUCUAAUUCAGAAAUACAGUGCCUGAAAGGGCGGUUCAACAAAAUGUACCAUUGCGUAGAGAGAUGUGCUAUCCCAGAUAUUUUAAAUGCGAACAUCAAACGCUCAAAUGGUGCGAACACGGAUAAGCUGAAGGACGGAGAAAACAUUACAGUUACUUGCCAUAAAGGAUACAGCCCUCAAAGCAAUGUGGAGGGCAAUGACGCAAGUUUCACUUUGAUAUGCAAGAACGGUACGAUAGGUAACAGAACAUGUCAACUAUCACAAGACAGAAGGGAUCAACAAGAGAACGUUAUACCUACAGCGGAAUCAAGUUUAUCAGUAGAAGCAGAUACAACAUCAGUAGAUACAACAUCAGCAGGUACAACAAGAGCAGAUACAACAGUAGCAGAUACAACAAGAGCAGAUGAUAAUGAUCAUGCACGAUGCCCAGAAAUACAAAUAGAAAACGGAGAAAUUGGCUACAUGGGGAACAGAGAGAUAUACCAUAUGGCAUAUAUUAAGAAAUGCGCAGAUGGUUACAUGUUUGGUGGUUUUCAAGUGGCUGAGUGCCUUCCUACCUUAAAAUGGGACAACGACCUACGUUGCAUCAAGACAUUGCCGAAAUGCCCUGAACUUAUGGCAGAAAAUGGAGAAGUGACCUACAUUGGAGACAGAGAGAGAUACACUUUUGCACAUAUUAUUUGCAAUGAAGGCUACAGCAUUGAAAAAGAUGGGGUUGAAACAGUUGAAUGUCUUCAAAGUCUUCAAUGGGAGAACAACUUAAAUUGCUAUAAGCCUUGUGAUACUCCGAACAUAGAAAAUGGUAUACUUCGAAGUGACAUAUUCAACGUAAAGUAUUCAAAAGCAAUAAUCAAAAGCGGACAAAGUGUGUCAGUAUCAUGUGAAGCCGGCUAUUCUCUUUAUGACAAUAAGAAGGAUGAUUUCCUAGAAGAAUCUACUUGGCCAAUAAAAUGUGAGCUUGGAAAAAUGACGUUCGUACCGUCUUGUAAGAAAGGUGCAUAUGGAUCUAACUGUAGCUUUAACAGCGAUUGUCACCACGGCUUAGUCUGCUUGCAUGGAAAAUGCCGCUGCGACAAAUCUUACACCUAUGAUUUGAAAGCACGCACCUGUAAAAAGAUAUGCCGCGGCACAAAUGACGGGUUUUAUAUGCAUGGGACAUCUGAUGCACAUUACGAGAGCUACAAAGACCGAUAUACAAACUGUUCAUACGUCCACGGAAAUCUCGAGUUAACCUAUCUGAAAGGACCGUACGACCUUGGAUUUCUUUCAGACAUUGAAGAAGUAUACGGAUAUGUGUUCAUUGUCAACGUUUACUCGAAUUACCUAAAUCUUACGAAAUUACGGAUAGUACGGGGCACUGAAUUAUUUCACUACAAAGGGGAGGACUUUAGUUUGUUUGUAGCAAACAAUUAUGACCCAUUCAACGAUACACAUGGCCUUCGAGAACUGCAGUUGAUCAGUUUGACUGAGAUCAGUCGGGGAAAGGUUCUCUUCCUAUAUAACAACUUGCUGUGUUUUGAAAAUACAAUCCGCUGGGACGAUAUUAAUUCAUUGACGAGAACAUUUGUUAACACUGCAUUCAUUUCCAAACUCAAGCGGCGUUGCCCCGACUGUUCGGAGGAGUGCUAUAACAGGCAGACAGGAGACAGUCAUUGCUGGGGAAGUGCGCCAGGAAUGUGUCAAAAACUGAACUUCAUAUCGGUGGUCUGUGACAGUUCAUGCGAGGGGAGAUGUUUUGGUAAAGAGCAAGAUGAAUGUUGUCAUCCUGAAUGCGCAGGAGGUUGUGUAGGACCCGGAAGGGAGCAAUGUCUAACGUGUAAGAAUUUCUACUUCGAGGGUUCCUGCCAUCCUUACUGUCCAAGGAUGAAAAUGUUCGACCCAUCUACGUAUCAAGUGGUCAAUAACCCGGACGGACGUUACGCCUUCGGUUCCCUUUGCGUAAAAGAUUGCCCACCUUACCUUGUGAAAGAAAAUGAUGCAUGUGUGAUCGAGUGCCCAGCAUACAAGUCAGCGAACCCUACCACCAGCAUAUGCCAACCUUGUUUCGAAAAGUGUCCUGAAAAACCAUGUCGGUUGAACCAAGAAAAAGGUCGUCAUUUUUUACAAUUCGGAAAUGUUCUGGUCAAAGAGGCUCCGCAUGGAACGAUUGUGACUGUCUUCUGCGAAAACGGCUUUGACAAAGACGAAAGCAAUGACGCUUCUUACUCAGAUAUCAAAUGCUUGAGGGGACAGUUUGAAAAAAUGUAUCAUUGCUUCGAGAGAUGCGAAAUCCCACAAAUAGAAAAUUCGGAGGUUUCGAAACUAAAUAAUCAAUCUAGAAGCGCAUUAAAACAUGGCGAAACGAUAAAAAUAACUUGCCAAAAAGGAUUCAUUCUUUCCAAUUCACAUGCAUACGGCCGGUACGAUGGAACUAACAACGGCUCGGAACUAACAUUGACUUGCACAAAUGGCACGUUGAUUGGCAUGGAGAGUAUAAUGUGUUUACGACAACACCAACUAGAAAACCGCCGUCACAAAGAUAAGCUUAACUGCACCGCACCUCAUUCGGAUGACGUUCAAUUGUAUAGCUUAUCUAGUGAGAAACUGGCGGCAGGAACGGUGAUAAAUCACGGAAAAGCAAUUAUUGCGGAAAUGACGUGUGAAAAUGGAGACGAAGAGUUGGAAGAACAUAUUGAGAAAUUUCAGCCGAACGAAGAUGGCAACCCUUCACAAGCAAUGCUUCGUUUGCAGCUGACAUGCACAAACGGUGUUAUUCCUGACUAUGAGACACUUUCUUGUUCGGCAGUGACAACCGACCCACAAGAUAUAAAUCCUAAUGAGUGCAAGAUUCUGCCAAAUGGCACGGUCACAGAUAGUGGUCAUUCAUUUGAGUGCAACCAUGGUUACGCAUACGCUGACAGCCUUUUGUACGAGAGAUACAGUUGUUCUUGUAACAGAGAGAUUCCUGCCUUGGUGUGCAGUGGAAAGCAGGCCCAGUGCAAACCAAUUGACUGUAAAUUAAACGGUUCGAUUGAACACGGGUUGACUGUAAUGUAUAAAGGAUUGGUAAUUAGUGCCACUGCAAUAGAAGCGAUAGAUCACGGAGAAUCAGCCGUUUUUAACUGUGAAAGUGGCGGAAACGGUGAAACAUACGAACCAAAAUGGCGGAUUUUUAAAUGCGACAUGGGCAACUGGGUAGUAGAAAACGGAUCAGGCGAAUCAUGGUCGCUUGGCAACAAUGGAUCGUUUCCCGAAUGUCGAUCAGCAAAGUGUGAGUGUCAGAACGGAGGAACAUGUAUUCGAGAUGAGACGUGUAAAUGUUCUUCAUUCUCAACUGGACAGCAGUGUGAAACACCUCUUUGUCCUGAUGGAUGUCAAAACGGUGGAACAUGUACCUCACCAAACAAGUGUAGCUGUCCGGAUGGAUUCUCUGGCAAUCGUUGCCAAACAGCUCUAUGUGACGGUGGAUGUAAAAACGAUGGAACAUGUACCUCCCCUAACAAUUGUACCUGUCAGGAUGGAUUAUCUGGCAGUCGUUGCGAAUCAGCUCUCUGUGACGGUGGAUGUCAAAACGGUGGGACAUGCACCUCCCCAUACAGGUGUAGCUGUACGGGCGGAUUCUCUGGCAGUCAUUGCGAAACAGUGAGAUGUCGGACUCCGAUUGAUAAAGUUGAUGAUGUAUUUUACCAAAACGGCGCAACAUUCACUGUCACUCGUGAAAGCUGUUCCGCUGGAAAUAUACCCAGUUUUAUGGGACAGAUUACUUGUGAAAUUGUCACUGGUCAGAGCAAAUCAACUGUUUGAAAGAAGCAAAUUACCGUAUAACUGUUAAAACUGCUGACGUCAGUUGGUGGAAGUUUGCAGGCACAGAUGGGGGGUUGAAAUUGUACAUGUACGGUUCUAACGGGAACAUCGGCAAAAUCAUCUUACAUGGAGGGUUUGAGCCUGGUGAUGAGGAUCUUACGAAGGGCCAGUUUGUUGACGUUGGAGAGGUACGUCUUCUUCAAUCAAAAAAUAAUCUUCAAAAUUCGACUUGGUGUCAAAGCACUAUCAUUAACUUAUGACAAGUGGAAACCGGAAUCCGUACAAAUUGAAGAUGAUGCAAGAGAUACAUUUUCAGGCGGCAAGGCGAACAUCCUUGGCUGGAGAAGAGACUAUUUAGGAUUUAUUGGAAGCAAAUAUGACUGUUUGAACAAAUGUGCCCAAGAUCCGGAGUGUAAACAGGUGUGUUUCCUGGCAUAUCACAAGCAAUGUACUCUAUUGAACAAAGUGUAUCAAACGGUUGAUAAAACCAGAGAUCGAAGAUGGAUGUUAUUUGUAUAUACUAAAACAAUUUACACUAAAAUGUGAACAGAACAUUUAAAUGUUGCACUUUUCACAGAAAGUUUGACGAAAUCGUUAAUGUUGCCGUAGAUUUUUAACUGUUUUAAUUCUAGCAUGUGAAUUCUAUUUAUUGUUGCCCCUUUGUGACCGGGCAUUCAUAAGGUUAUAUAAAGUGUCACCCAAUCCGC